AUGCUGAGCAUCCCAGUCGUGAUCGCGGUGUCGGUAGGAUGCUCGGCCUUACUUAUCGUGGGCGUAAUCCUUGGUGUAGCAGUCUGGUGGAGGGCGCGACAGGAUCGUCUUUCACUGGCAGUGGCUCAAGCUCAUCGUGCAACAGCACAUCAAGCGCAGGUUUGCAAUAGCCUAGCUACGGAUUCUCCCAUCAAUUCACCCCUGCCAACAUAUCCGUAUGGGAUGCGCAACGAUUGGGCACCACUCGCAUCGCAAGAGACGUUUCAAAGCCAACCGAAAACAUCGCCGCCUGUGCUGAAGAAGGAGAAGUCCAAAUCGAUACGACGAUCAAUCUCGAAGUCUUUAUCCAAAAGUCUCUCGAUAGGAAGAAGCAGCCAAAAGCCAAUCGCUCUUGAACCGCUGCCUAAUUUGCAAUCGGACCCCUGCAAGAUCUUGCCUGAUGCCAAAGAAAAGGAACCCAAAUCAGCGAUUGCAGGGUUCUCGGAACUUCCUACAGAAACAACCCCGCGCUGCACACCAGAGAGGGAGAGAGAGGAUAUAACGACCCUCGAAAUGUUCAACACCCGCCCCGGUUCCACAGCAUGGCCAUUGCUCAAGUCCGAGCAAAGGCUCUCUUCCGUCGCCGGCGGCCAGCCAGCCUAUUGUGACUAUAAUCACACAAGGCUUCGCAAUGGAAGCAUCACCGCUCAAACAGCUGGAACAGCUCCGGAUAUGCCCAUGCCAGCGCCACCACUGAACGUUCCACAAUCCUACCAGCUGUCAAGGGAGGAUUCUUUGAUGAACAUGUCUUCAUUGAGCCUGGAAACCGCAAAUAGCUCGAUUUUGGACGACGGGAUGAGAGGAUCCAUGUCUGCAGAUCCCGAAUUCAACUAUUCUCCUUCCCUGCCUCCCUGUCCCACGUUCACACCAUUCAGCCCGUAUGACAUCGUGAUCGGGGGAACGGUAGCGAGAGACUGCGCAGCACAUAGGAGAACACAGUCUCAGCGACUAUCAUCCUCGACUGCACAUCUCACAUCUGUAGCGAUGGAAUCUGGAAGAGACCUGGAUGGUAGACAAUCUCCUCGGCGAAGUUUGACAACCCGUGAAGUCUCCCCUCAAGCUCCGGACUGGUCCAGCCGACUACCACGCCGUAGCGAAACUGUGCUAUCGUCCUCGUCUUCACUUGGCCGCGGUAGCAGCAGACCGGUAAGUAGUCUGUCAGGCACUAGCCCGAAGCCCUUCCACCCCUCAGGUCAAGGCUUGUAUUCUCGCCAGGACUUUGGUUCUCAGAGCCAUCGACAAGAACGAUACUCUAUGUACGAGAAGCCUCACAGCAAAGAAGAGCAGAAUACCGUUUUCAGCAAGAGCUUAGGCGAUAGACCCAAAUCAAUUCAGGCUCCCAGUCCCAGAGCUUCGAGAGAAAGCCUUGUAAGGGCAGCACCGUUGCCCUCUGCCAUGAAGUCAACUCACAGUGUGAAGAAGGGCCAUAGGAGGCAAAAUUGUGUGCGAAUCUCCAUACACCCGCCUAUUACAUUCGGCGGUCCUGCCUUCUCGCCGAUGCUGGAGGAGCCCGAGGAAGUAUUGGAUUUGGAGAAUGAUUUGGUCAACCCUGUCAAACAACCACAACCGGCCCAGUCACAUUCGAACAAUAACAGCGCAUCUCGUGGAGGAAGUCGCGAAAGAAGAACCCCCAGGCAUCGCUCAACUGGCUCUAUUCAAGAAGGGUCUUCAAUUCACAACACUUCGCCUAACGCAAAUUCUCGCAUUCCUCGGGCGAAUACUUCAAGAAAGCGUCCACACUCCCGGACAAGUUCUGUCGACGAUGAUGUCUUUAUGUCAGAAAAUCAUACCAUACUACCUAAUAAUAUAAUCUCGCCGCCGCCAGACGAUAGCCAUCUCGUGUCUACUCCGUCUCCAGAAAGGCAUGAGCCUUUUUGGUCUCUACCCCGUUCCGACGAAUUCGCUGGCUCUUCGCCCAAACUCCCAGCAAACGCUUCGACAGGAAGUCCUCGAAGAACAGCGCCCAAAGGACCGCGUAACCAGCCGGGAAAAUCUCCCAAGAAGGCAGCUACUCCUCCAUCUUUGACAGUUGACACUUCCUACAAUAGCGGACAGACGAUACUUGCAGGUGCGCUGCCGAGUCAAGGUUCUCCGAGGUCGAAAAAUAUCAACAGGUCUCUCAGUCUCGCGCCAUCUCCAACGAAAGAUGUUCGAAAAUCCAUCACCCUUCUCCGCCGCAUGAAUAGUGAAGCGUGUGAUGAGGACUCGAGACAGUACCGACUUAUGGGUCGCAAUGCCAGUAUCACCCGACAUAAAGAUAGGAAUUCCGUGACGCCUCCAGGUCAUCGAAGUUCAGUGCGAAGCAAUGACAGCCUGACCAUCUGGGAAGAUGCCAGCAAAGACGACAAUGUCAUUUCGCCUUUGGCCCGCCAGAAAAAACAGCCCUUUAGAAUCCUUGAACGUAUCGACUCCGAAGGGAUUGCAGAGGAGAGCUUCAACUCUGCCAUGGACAAUCAAGCCCAGCUAACGAUCCGUCAAGUACCGCCAAGCAGCAGCAUCAUCACCAUUGAAGAUAAUACCAACAGCGGCAGUGCCGAUGGAUUCGCUCACAAAUUGGGCAACAGUAUGACAACAAUGCAAACGCCCAAUCGUAAAGCCCGAGGUUACGUAGCACCAACCCCAGGAAGUUUGUAUGAUGGCGAUGGGUUUUUGAAGGAGUGA